AUGCAAUCUUCCUUUUAGGAAUAAUGUGAAAACUAGUCUUAGAAACUCUCUACUGAAAUCUGUUAAAGCUCUCCAAAAAAUUUAUCUAAUUCAGUUACAGGUUAUGGUUAGCAUACAAAUAAGGAAGUUUUCUAAAAUAGAAAAGUAAUAUCUGUUUUUAAACACAGGUAAAUUUACAAUUAACAAUUAAACAAAAGAGAUGAAAUUAAAUAUAAUGAGGAUUUAUCUGUUAGAGCACUUAGAACUCACGAAGCAGAUAACUCAGAAAAUAUUGCAUUAAAAACAAUUUACAGUGAAGUUCCAUAAAUAAAAUUAAUAACAGAAAAUUCUAGCAAUAUACUUUAAAAUAGCAGAUAUCAGAAAGAAUACACUCCAUCUAGGUUGGGUUCAAGAUAAAAUAAAAUUCAAUAAGAUUAAGAUAUUUAAAUUCCAACAAAAAAUAAAAAGUAAGCUUAACAGCAACUUAAAUUAGAUAUGAGCUUAAUUUAAUUUGAUUAACAAUUUAUAGUCUUAUCUAAUAAUUAAUCUGUAAAAGAAAAAUUAUCAAAAGAAAGCUAAUAAAAAGGGAAUAUAAACUCAAAUUUUGAAUAAAAUAACAAAAAUAGCCACUAAUUUUUGAGAUAAGAAAGUGGGAAAAAUAUUAUUAAUAAAAAGUAAAAUAUAAGGCAUCAACACUCCUUUUCUAUUAAUUUUAUGGAAGCAAACAGCAAAAGUUAAAUUGAAAAUAAUUAAAAAAGUACAAAGAAUGUAUUAAAUAGUUCACAUGAUGAUAACCAUAUAGGAAAAAUAUAGAAAGAAAAAAUAGCUAAAAAGUAUUUGAAAGAUAUUGUGGAAUAAAAUGAAUAAGUAAAAUUGUAAUGUGAUAUGUUAGAUGAUGAAAUUUAAAUUUAAAAUAUCAUAAAUAAAUAUUCAUACAAAAAGGUUUUCAAUUAACAAAGAAUGAGACAGCAGUCUUUUGAAAAUUAAAAGCCAUUGAAUUCAAAUAUCUAAAAUAGAUUUUUAAAUACUCGGUAAAAUGAAAAUCCAGGUCCAGGUGAAUAUAAUUUGCCAGGAAUGUCUGAUAAAUAUAAUUUAUAUAAAAAAACUAAAAACGAAAGAUAUCACUUUAAUCAUGAUCAACAAUAUUCGUUAACUCCUUUAAAAGAAAAAGAAAAAUAAUUACUUGUAACCAACUACUUCAGCCCUAAGCUUUUAAAUUCUAUUGAUAAUACAAUACAAAUACCAUAUAACUACUACGAAAGCCAUAAAAUUAAUCAUAAUUAAACUAUUAGCUAUAACUGA